UCGGGCGAACGUCGAAACAGAGUCGGUUGUACGUCGAGGAGUCGGGAUCGCGUUCGUGACGAGAUUCGACUUUUACGAAAAGAAAUUAACACACACGCCCGUGAUUUCGGGUUCGAUUUCGUGUUUGAUCUCCCGACAAAAGUGUUUAACUACAUGAGUGGUGAUAAGUGAAAAGCUGCCAAUGUUUGCCACCAUGGGGAAGGAACAGGAGUUGUUUCAUGCCAUCAAAACCGAGGAUAUACAAGGAUUAAGCAGACUCCUGUCCAAGUACAGGAGCACUAAACCCAAACUUCUUGGAAGUGGUAAACGAUUCAACAUCAACAUACAGGACAAUGAUGGCAUGGCUGGCCUUCAUCAAGCUGCCCUCAUGUGUAGUGUUCCUAUUCUUCAAUUAUUACUAGAUAGUGGGGCACAAGUAGAUAUUAAAGACAAUAAAGGCAUGAGACCACUUCAUUAUGCUGCUUGGCAAGGAAAGCCUGAAGCUGUAGCUGUGUUAUUGCAGUACAAUGCUUCUGUCAAUGACCAAGCCUGCAAAGGAGAAACACCACUACAUUUUGCUUGUCAGCAUGGUCAUUUAGAAGUGACAAAAAAAUUGCUUCAGUACCAUGCAAAUCCAACCAUAAGAAAUAAAGAACACAAAACUGCAUUAGACGUGGCUUGCGAGUUUGGCCGAUAUCAGGUUAUUGAAUUAUUAUUGCAAAGCAAUAGGUGUAGAUUUCUAUUAGAGGAACAUUGUCAAGAUAUGGAAGAUAAUAAUCGAACUACUUGUCUUCAUUUAGCUGCACGUAAUGGACAUGUGGAUGUUAUUAGAUUAUUAGUAAAAUAUGGAGUAGACAUCAACAGAUGUACACUCAGAGGAACAGCUUUACAUGAAGCUGCAAUGCAUGGAAAGCUGGAUGUUGUAAGACUUCUAAUUGAAUGCGGCAUCGACGUCAACAAACCCAACUCUUACGAUCAGACGGCAUUGGAUAUCGUGCGAUCUUUCACUUCUUGCCAAGCCGAGAAGGAGAUGAAGCAGCUGCUAAAAGAGAUCAUCAGCGCCGUGGAGGCCAGGGCCAUCAGAGAUUUCGACGACCCCGCCGACUCGGAGUGCUUGGCUCUGAAGGAAGGAGACAUCGUCAACGUGCUGGAGCAGAGUUCGGACGGAAGGUGGAAGGGUAUCAUCUUCAACCCCAACAGGACCUCCCGCACCGGCUACUUCCCGGCUACGGCCGUCCAACUACUCAACAGGCCAGUGGGAGGCAUGCAGAGGACGGCCACCCUCAAGUCGUCUACCAUCAAGAAGGUGACGCCCCCCAUCGCACCCGACCUGACCAAUCGACAUUCCGGUUCCAGUUUUUCCAGCGGAUACGGCAGCCAGGCCACCGUCGAUAGGAACUCUUGCGGCAGUCUGAGCGCCGACGACGCCUUUUCUCCCGCACCCGGUUCGCCACCCGCCGAUGACUACCCCAAGUAUCCGGGCAGCUGCGCUACCCUGUCGUCCCCCAACCGGCCUCACUUCUGUUUCCCGGACGGACAGACGCAAUACGCCGAAGUCAUCGUCCACCCGCAGCCCGACAGCACGCCCGGCACCCCCACGCACGAGGUCCCGCAUCCGUUGGGUACCUCCACUACCAGACACCACAAGUUGCACGUCACGCACGCGCUGCUGGAGGACCAGGGCAUAGACGUAGGUCCUUGUCCGGGCCGAGACAGUCCGGGAGGGAGCAGCGGCAGCAGUACCAGCGGAUCCAGACACAGCACUUCCAGUCUAGACAGCGGAAGGGCGUCGGGAUCGGACGUCAAAGUUCCCUGCCGUCUCUCGGGUCACAGUUACGAAUCGACGCCCCGACACAGCUGUUACAGUUCCAACUCCAGUCUGGGCAGCGUGGACAGGGUCACCGAAGAUGGACACACUUCUUCCUCUUCCACCCCGGCCGUCAACGUGGCCGAAAUGGUUCUGCACGGCAUUCCGGACGUGGACGUGCUGACGGCUUGGUUGACCAGUCUGCACUUCGAGGAGUACGUUCAUCUGUUUUUGCAGGCCGGAUACGACAUGCCCACCAUCUCCCGAAUGACUCCCGAGGACCUGACGGCCAUUGGAAUAACGAAACCUAACCAUCGCCGAAAAUUGAAAGCCGAAAUCGCUAAGUUAAAUAUAUCCGAUGGUAUUCCGGAUUACAAACCGGACUGUCUUCUGGAAUGGUUGCAGUUACUUCAGUUGGAAGAAUAUUACGAAACUCUGUGUCGCCAAGGUUACGACACGGUAGACCGAGUUAACGAAUUGACGUGGGAAGACCUGGAAGAAAUUGGAAUUCAGAAAUUAGGUCACCAAAAGAAAAUGGUGCUGGCCAUUAAGCGCAUCAGAGACAUGGACAAGGAUACCAGAAGACGUAAUUUGGAUCUGCCAGUUAAGAGUGUGGCCACUCUGCCCCGUCCCACCCUGGUGAAUCAAUGCCCUCUUCCAAAUUUCCACUUUCAAGGCCAAGAAGUUGCCAUAACCACCUUGCGUGCCAAAAGUUCUCCUUCCAUAGAAACUGGUAGUAUUCCUGAAAUGAAAACAUUUCAACAAUCCCCUCCAAAAGAAGAUUGUUUUGCCAAAUAUAUGACUGGUGAACUGCCAUCUCCUUUGUGUACACAUGUGAUAAAUCAACAAGUCCAGUCAUCCGGUCGUGGCCGUUCACUUGAAAGUUUAGAUAUGGAUGAUUCCAUUUCUACAGUUAUGGCUCAUCCCUAUUCAAAUAAUACAGACAGUUGGUAUGAUACAAUUAAUUCUUGGAGGCAGUGUGGUUACGAUACUGAUAGCGAAUUUGGCAUGCAUUCUACUGGCAAUUACCAAUUGUAUGAAACUGAUGGUACUGCAUCUCUGCAUCGGCCCAGAGGAUUAGUGAAACCUAGACCUGUCGCAAAAAUUAUUGCAAAAUCUCGCUCUGUUGACGUGGAAGUGGAAUCUCCACCAGAAAUAUUUACAGAAACAGAGAGUUUUAAAUCUAUUAAUUCUGAUAACAGUUGGUUGACAGGUUCUCCUCAACAUACAUCUCUAGUAUCGUCUGUUAUUAAUAAUUCGGUUGAUCCAUACGGAUCUUUAAGAGGAAAGAAAAUUCCACCACCACCCCCUCCCAAACGAACAAAUUCAAUUAAAAGUAAUGAUGAUUCUUGUUUAGAAAGAAGCUUAGAAGAAAUGAAAGAUGAAGCUUUUGCCACUUGUGUUAAAGGAUUGGCUUCACAUUUUAGCAUGACAACUAAUGAUUUUUCACCUCCAUCGGGUGACAGAGAUAGACCUUCAUCACCGAUUGAUUCCGAAGAUUUUCCUCCUCCACCAUCACCUCUUCCUUCUAUCAUUUCAGAAUUGGCUGCAAAUGAUGAUCGCAUUGGUGCCAAAGAUGAUGUGCAAUUGCGGGAACUCCAUGCCAACUUCCGCCAACGUAGAAAAGACUCUGCUGACUCAAAUAUUUCCACUUCAAGUACGGAAUCUAAUUCAUUACCUUUUGCCAAUGAGAAUGUUGGUACUAUAAAGCAAAGAGCAGCUAAAGCCCAUCCUGCACUGAUGAUGGAAGAAGCAGUAUCUACUGCAGCUUUGCAUGUUCAAGGAAAUUCAACAGGAAAGAUGCUAGGUAAAGGGCAAGAUGGCUAUAGUGCUGAAAAAGAUAUGAAACAAAUUAAACCCAAUUUGACAACUUCAGGAGAUGUUAUAGACGACAUAGAGAACAUGUUAGCUAAUUUAUCCAACCAAUUAGAUGCCAUGUUAGAAGAUGGAAUGAAUGACGAAUGAGAUAAUUGGUGCCAACUAUUGAAUUAAUUUAAUUUUGGUCAUCUUGCUUUAUGUCUGCAGUCACAGACAACCGGCAGUUUCCAGAAGAUGCCAUCUGUUGUCUUCCAGAACAUCUAGUGCCUUAAAAUAAUAAUUGAAAGAUACGAAAUUAAACUUAGCAGGAAGAGUCAAAGUUGUAGUUAGUUUUGUGAAAGUUGACAUGCACCCUGCACCAGUAUUGUGUAUAGUUUGUCACUGCCGAGAGAGGGGAUUUAUGUUAAGAUUUGUAGAGGCACUGUUGAUAGUAAAUGUGUUCUAUGACAUUUUUGUCUUUGGAGCAUGAUUUCGAGCAGGUAACUUGAAAUCAUAUCCUGGACUAAAACUAUUAAGUUCUUCUUAGAUAUUAUUAUCUUGCUGUAUAAUUUUAUUAUGGUUUUUAUUGUGGCAAAAAAAAAAACUGCCAAAUAGCUGAAACCAAGAAAUGUGAAGUUCCUGCAUAUUCCUGUCCUCAUCUGUUAAUCGCGUUACCUCAUUAGCUAGAAUCCGUCGCUUGUCUAAAUUGGGCUGUCUGAUAAACUUAAAAUUUCAGCUCUAACAGUACAACACCUGCAGAAAUUGUACAAAUUUGAAAUAUUACCGAUCAAUUAAUUUGGAAAAUCUGCUCAAAUUUCAGCAAUAAUUACAGUUUUAUAAAGAUAUCUAUACAUUGCAAAACAACCCUGCUUUUCAGACUGCCUUAAUUUUUUAUGGUGUUUGUCCAAAUUUGUCAAAUUAUUUAUGAUUAUAAUUAAUAAAAAAAAUUUGAGAUGCUCCAAAAUAAAAUUGGAGUUCAUAGACGUGUGGUUAAACAGGACGUGAGUUAUUAGUAGACUCGAGGGAAAAACGAUCUCACGAUUUUUCAAAAUUUUUAAAGAUUUCUUAACCACUGUUAGUCACAGACAAGCAUCCAUGUCAAUUGUUAUUCACACCAGCAAUUUGUACAGCAAAACAGACAAUCUUGUUUUUCAGUAAUUUUUGAAUGUAUCAAAUAUAGUAUUUGCAUUAGGAGUCACUGGUUGACUCUGUCUGAGUAAUGUAUGUGAAUUUUUAAAAACUUUUGUAGUUUUCUUAGGGUUGGUUAAGUUUUACAAAAAGUGUAUAUUGGUGGGACAAUUUACAAAAUACUUCCAAGUGUAAUAAAAGUGAUGAUUAGCAGCUUGA